AUGAUUCUUGCUAAUCUCUUCGGACGAAGCCUUCGUAUAAAUUUGAUAGAACUUCACUUACAGAUACAUCAAAAUAAAAGUAAUGAAAAUGAGUUGGAGGAUAGAAAUGUGAAAACCAGUGAUUAUAAUUUUAUGAAAGAUUUAGUGUUCGAAUUGACUUCUCAAAAUUGGACUAGUGAGGAGCUGCCGUGUUUGAAUGAGUCCAUAAAUUUCAUCAAGAACUUGCAAAAUUUUACGACGUGGGCAGUAUGGCAAUGGGACUCCGAAUCUUUCCAACCAAUGGGUGUAUUAUCUGGCAGCAGAUAUCAGCUGGGAAAUUUUGAUCAAUGCAUGACUUAUCCAUGGAGCACUUCUAAUAAAAGAAUAGAAGCUCAGUACUGCCUUGUAGAUGUAGCACUAGAGACCAAAAACCACGUUAACAAGAAAACUUUGCAUGAGAUAGAACCUUAUGGGAACGCGUUGGAAUUGAUACAGCAUGAAACUACCCAUUAUCGAACUCUGAAAUAUCUAACCUGGGGCAUAUGUGUGCCUGCUUGUUGUGAACUGAGAUCUGUGGAAAGAUUAUUGGGAACAGUAUUGACGCGCAGCUACCUUGGCACAAAUGGACUGCGUCCGCGUAUUCAAGUUCAGGAGACUUGUCAGAGACCUGAUGACUCAAAGCAAUUCGAUGUCUUAUUUUACACAUUCGUUGUGAUGUUUGCAACACUAUUUGUAAUAUGUAUAGUGUGCACAAUCAAAAACAACAAACGAAAAAAGGAAGGUGCUCAGACUGAAAAAACGAUAUGCGAAGCGUUUUGCCUUAAAAAAAAUUUUAAAGAUCUCCUGAAACUAAAAAAAGAGGGCAUUGAAUCUAUAUACGGCAUUAGAUAUCUUACAGUUUGUGGCAUCGUGAUGUGUCACCAAGGCGCAUUGAUUGAUGGAGGGCCCAUUAGUAACGGAAUAGAAAUGGAUGAAGAUAUGAAAAUACUUGGUUGGUUCGUUCUGCAUGCCGACCUUUUAGUGGAUACAUUUUUCCUGAUAUCAGCUUUCUUGACAGCUAAAGCACUUUUUCAAUUUAAAACUUCAAAAACUUUACCUCCUAUCGCUGUGAUGAUAGUCAGAAGAUACGUACGGUUGGUGGUUGGUUUCGCUGUAGUGGUUUUCUUCACAGCCGCUAUGUUUGAGCACUUCGGCUCUGGACCUCUUUGGAAGCGAUAUAGCGGUAACGAAGUGGGACCCUGCCGCGACAACUGGUGGCUCGGUUUACUGAUGCUGGGCAACUAUAUAGACUCCUAUAAAAUGUGUUUGAUUGUGACUUGGUACAUUCCAUGUGAUUUUCACUUUUAUGUUAUCGCUGUGAUUGUGUUCGUGCUUUAUAAACGAUGCCGGAGAUUGGGUAAAGUCAUUUUCUAUGCUCUGGCUGCUGCCUCUCUUAUUAUACCAGGAGUUAUCAACUACGUUAAUGGAUUUCACGCCAUUCAACCCUUCACAUAUGACAACGUGGAUGGCUGUUACUUUGAGCCUUCUAAGUUUAGAUCAUGCGACGAGACCUUAUUGUUAGACGAGAUCGCUACUCUUGGUUUUAAACAGUUUAAUGGUGUACGAAAUACUUACGGUAGAAUUUUAGAUCUUGUUUUUUCUAAUGAGAUUUUACAAGUAACUGAUUUUAGUGAUAGCCCACUUGUGCCGAUUAACCCUCAUCACGGCGCCUUGUCUAUUGGACCACUGUUUGCGAACUUUACCCCUUUAAAUAGUGCUCCACAUCUUAAAUAUCUUUAUAAUAAAGGGGAUUACGAUGAGAUAAACUUGGAAAUUUCAAAAAUUGACUCGGAUACUGAAUUUAAUUCUAGGUCUCUUGUAGCAGCGACUGAGUACCUUUAUAAUGUCUUCUCUUUGCUGCGGGAGGAUUACAUUCCUCGUAAAAUGAUCAAAGCUUAUCACUUUCCGCAAUAG